CGACACUCCUUUCAGGCUCUGAACAAUGUCUACACCAUUGCUCAACCAUACUCAUUCGUUAAAGAGCUGGGUCAAGGGGCUUAUGGAUGCGUGAUUUCAGCUCGACAUGAAGCGACGGGCGAGAUGUGUGCCGUCAAAAAGAUCACGAACAUCUUCAGCAAGAAGAUCUUGGCAAAGAGGUGUUUGAGGGAGAUCAAGUUGUUGCGGCAUUUCCGUGGUCACAAGAACAUCACUUGUCUAUAUGAUAUGGAUAUCGUUCCCGAUCCUCCAGGCACUUGGACCUUCAAUGAGGUCUACCUUUAUGAAGAGCUCAUGGAGGCAGACUUACACGCUAUUAUCCGUUCCGGCCAGCCUCUCUCAGACGCCCAUUUCCAGUCCUUCCUGUAUCAGACUCUUUGUGGUCUCAAGUACAUCCAUUCUUCCAACGUCUUGCACCGGGACUUGAAGCCCGGUAACCUGCUUGUCAACGCUGACUGCGAGCUGAAGGCAACGCUGCACCUGCAGAUCUGUGAUUUCGGUCUCGCAAGAGGUUUCCAGGCAGGAGGAAGCGCCGAGACGGGUCAAGCGGGAUUGAUGACCGAAUACGUCGCCACGAGGUGGUACCGAGCUCCCGAGAUCAUGUUGAGUUUCGCCAACUAUACCGCGAGCAUCGACAUGUGGUCCGUAGGAUGCAUCUUGGCCGAGCUCUUGGGAGGACGUCCUAUCUUCAAAGGUCGAGACUAUGUCGAUCAGCUGAACCAAAUCCUCAACUUGUUGGGAACGCCGACGGAAGACACCCUCAGGCGGGUAGGAAGCCCUCGAGCACAAGACUACAUUCGGUCGCUGCCUAUUAAGCCGAGAAUCCCUUUCAAGCAGUUGUUCCCCCAGGCAAACCCGCUAGCGCUGGACCUGCUAGGGAAGCUGUUGGCCUUCGAUCCUUCCAAGCGGAUCAGCUGCGAAGAGGCUUUAGAGCACCCUUACCUGAGUGUAUGGCACGAUCCUCAGGAUGAGCCGGUCUGCGCCGAGACGUUCGAUUUCGCCUUUGAAGCUGAAGAAUCGACGGAAGGCAUGAAGAAGAUGAUCAUCCAGGAGGUCGCCGCUUUCAGGAAUCAGGUCCGUCAGGAAGCUGCCGUCCACUACCAGCAAAAGCAGGAGCAGGCCAAGCCUCAGCCUCCUCGGAAAGACUCUAUGCCUCCUGCCCCUGCUGCCGCUGUCACAGGUGGGGUUGAAGCGGGAGUUGGACCUGGAUUUGACACGUCUGCUCAAGGCCAGCAGAAUGACGCCCCGGACAGGGAGGAGGACCCCGCUUCUGCGCUCGAGCGAGAGUUGGCGGGUUCAAAGUGGUAGAAGGGCGGUACCGAUCGCAUGGCAAUAAUUGUAUACCUUCUCCUCAUGUUAUCCCUGUCCCUGUACGAUGUCAUUGCGAUAAAUCGACUUCCGACCUUGA